AUGCCCGCAACGUACAUGGGGUUCCCGCACGACCGGCGAUUCAUGCUCUUCAACGUCGCGCAGGGCAAGCACAUGGCCGUGGCCUAUUUCACCGAGAUGUGUCUGUUCACUACUGCCUUCUCCCCCGAGAGCGGCCCCGAUGCCAAGGUCGUUGUGACCUAUACCAAAGACCACGUCUUCGAUCACCCCGACCAGAAAGUCAGCCCGGAGCCGCUGGAGGUGCCCCUCAAUCCCGACACAGCGGGCCGUGACGAGGUCGAGAUCACCAUGCACUCGUCCCCGUGCAUCGGGUACGACAUGGGCGAGAAGUACAACCGCUGGUUCAGCGAGCGGUUCGGCUAUGAGGUCAAGUUGUUGUACAUCGGCGCGAAUCCGAGGAAAGUGUUGGGAAACAUGCCCCCGAAUGCCGCCGCCUCUCGCCCUGCUCAGGAGUCAAGUUCAAAUUCGUGGUUGGGCAGUAUAACAUCCACCGCCACCUCUCUCGUGCGGGCCGUUACUGGAGCGGGAGAGUCUGAGUCUGAGGGAAUCGACGAAGGCCUCUCGUUCGCCGACGUGGCACCCUACCUAGUCAUAUCGACGAAGUCGUGGGAAAACGCCACACGCCGCCUGCCCGAGAACGAGGAAAUGGACAUCUCCAAGUUCCGGCCGAACAUCAUUGUCGAGGGCGCGGAAGAGGAGUUUGAGGAGGACUUCUGGGCCGAAAUUGUGAUAGGUGACGGCGCCGAGGACGGGAGCGCGGGGGGCGCCAAAAUCGUCCUGACCCAGAACUGCGCGCGCUGCAACUCGCUCAAUGUCGACUACGCCACGGGCAAGGUCGGCGAGGGCGAGUCGGGCAAGAUCCUCAAGAAGCUGCAGAGCGACCGGCGCGUGGACCUCGGAGCGAAAUGGAGCCCCGUGUUCGGCAGGUAUGGGUUCCUCGCGAGGGUUCCUGAGGGCAAGUCUGCGGCGGAGAUCAAGGUCGGCGACGAGGUGAAGAUCGUGCGGAGAAAUAGCGAGAGGACAAGAUUCGAGUGGCCCAAUCUGAGCACCAAUUGA